AAUAAUCUAAAAUAACAUGUGGGGCGAUGGCAUUCACCGAGGAUUCCUCAAAACGGUCCUAAUCAACUUCCCCUGUUUGUUUUGGACCGUCGAUCGCGAAAAUGAUCUGAAUCAUAUAGUUGACUUGGUUUUUCUCUAACUAAAGCUUUUCUUCUCCCCUCAACCUCAAGCAAUUAAAAUUAUUUUUGAUCAUCGGCAAAAAAAAAAAAAAAUGGAUUCCGACGGAGUAAACUUGGCACCUCAUGUCCUGAUAUUUCCGGUACCAAUUCAGGGCCAUGUCAACACCAUGCUCAGGCUGGCAGAACUUCUUUGUCUAUCCGGCCUAGAUGUAACUUUCCUUAUUUCCGAGUUUAACCACAAUCGCCUCCUCAAGCACUCCACAGUAGCAUCUCGUUUCGCCAAGUAUCCCGGUUUCCGAUUCCAAACCGUGUCCGACGGCCUCCCUGAUGACCACCCUAGGGCGGGCGAGGGGUUCGUUGACAUCCUUCCGGCCUUAUUACGGGUCACCGCCCCGUUGUUCAAGAAGAUGAUGACUGAGACUAAUUUCUUUGCUUCUGCCAGCCAGAGGCCGGUUAGUUGCAUCAUAGCUGAUGGAGUUAUGAAUUUCGCUAUUGAUUUUGCUAUUGAGAAUGGGAUUUCCAUUCUCUACUUUCGAACAACAAGUUCCGCCUCAUUCUGGGCCUGUUUUCGUAUGACGGAACUAACUGAAGCUGGAGAACUUCCAAUCAAAGGGGAGGGGAUGGAUCUACCAGUUAAAAGCGUUCCAGCAAUGGAAGAUUUUCUAAGGAGGCGAGAUCUUCCAGGGUAUUGCCGUAUCAAUGAUCUGAACGACAUAACUCACCAAAUACUUAAACGAGAGACGCUGCAAACUACGCGAGCCCACGGGCUCAUUUUAAACACCUUCGAGGACUUAGAAGGACCUGUUUUAUCUCAAAUUCGCAAACAUUGUCCGAGGCUGUACGCAAUUGGACCCAAUCACUACCAUCUCCAGACGCGUAUGGAAGCCAAACAUACAGAAACAACCACCUCAGGUGCUUCAGCUAGCUUCUGGGAAGAAGACCGCAAAUGCUUAGUCUGGCUUGACUCCCAGCCUGAAAAAUCAGUCAUUUAUGUAAGUUUCGGAAGCAUAACAGUUGUGACAAGAGAUCAGUUACUGGAAUUGUGGUACGGGUUAGUGAACAGCGGGCAGCGGUUCUUAUGGGUCAUUAGGCCUGAUUCAAUCAUGGGGAAAGAUGGCAAGAGUGAAAUUCCAGCUGAAUUGGAAGCAGGAACAAGAGAAAAGGGUUAUAUGGUGGGGUGGGCACCGCAACAGGAGGUUCUAAAUCACCCUGCUGUUGGCGGAUUUUUGACUCACAGCGGAUGGAAUUCGACUUUGGAAAGCAUUGUUGCCGGUGUGCCUAUGCUGUGUUGGCCGUACUUUGCUGACCAAUUCAUAAACAGUCGAUUUGUGAGUGAAGUUUGGAAGAUUGGAUUGGACAUGAAGGAUACUUGUGACAGAUUGAUUGUUGAGAAGAUGGUAAGGGACCUAAUGGAUGUGAGGAGGGAAGAAUUCUUGCCAAGGAUUGAUCGCAUGAGAAAUUUGGCUAAGAAGGCUGUUAGUGAAGGUGGUUCCUCGUAUAAUGAUUUUGAGGAUCUUGUUGAUUUCAUCAGAUCCACGGCUGUCUGAUUUUUAUGAAAGUUAGUUAUGUUCCCUAUUUUGCUUAUUAAUGGAAUCAUCAAAUAUAAGAUCAUUCUUGUUGUUUGUUUAUUUUUUCAAGUACCAGAACAAUGAAGUAAAUUAUGAACUUAUAUGGUACUUACCGCC